CGCGCGGGGCGGGGGCGCGCGGGGCGGGCGCGCGCUGGUGCUGACGGCGCACCCCGAUGACGAGGCCAUGUUCUUCGCCCCCGCCCUGCUCGGCCUGCGCAGCGCCGGGGCCGCCCCCGCCGUGCUCUGCUGCUCCGCAGGAAAUUAUUACAAUCAAGGAGAGAUUCGUAAGAAAGAGCUGGAACAGAGUUGUUAUGUGCUGGGGAUUCCUGCUUCUGAUGUCACAGUCAUUGAUCACAGCAACAGGUGACCAGAGAAGUGAAAUACUUCAGAAUACUUGGACUUGCAGAACAGCACCAGGGUCAAGGGAUCUUCCUGAUGAUCCUGCUGUGGAGUGGGACACACAGCUCCUGGCCACCCUUGUCCUGGAGCACAUAGAAGCCAAGAACAUCAACCUGGUGGUGACGUUUGAUGCAGGAGGAGUGAGUGGCCAUGCCAACCACAUCUCUCUCUACACUGCUGUCAGGUACCUGCAUUCAGAGGGGAAGUUACCUGAAGGGCAGGCUUUGCUGUCAGCACAUGGAAAUCCUGGUUGGAUCAGUGACACAGAGGGCUCUCACAGUGCCCUUCUUUUUGGGGAGCUGGAUGUCACCACUUCACCUCAUCUGACCGAGGAGGCCCCAGCAGGGUGCCGUGUGCUCGUGCUGGAAUCAGUAAAUCUCUUCAGGAAAUACAUUUCCUUCCUGGAUGUCCUCAUUUCCUGCCUCCUGCCCAGGGAUGCACUCUUCAUCCUCACAGAGGAGGAGACUGCACAAGCCAAGAGAGCCAUGCGGUGCCAUCGCAGCCAGCUCCUCUGGUUCCGCCAGCUCUACCUGCUCUUCUCCCGGUACCUGGUGCUCAACUCCCUGCGCCUGCUCUGACAGGACACCACCCCAGGAGCAAGGAAUGAGCAAAACCACGACUGCCCCAGGCCCAGGACUCAAGAAAGCUCCUGUGUUUGGUGCUCAACAGGAUGGGGUGCUCUUUGUGUGGCAUUCUGCACACUACAAAACCCAGGCUGGGUGAACCUCCUUCUGAAUAUCUUGUUGCCUGAUACAUUGAGAACAAGGCUAAAGCCUGAGAGCAGGCUAUAGCUACUCUAUUUUCUCAUCAUAGAAGCUUAAAUAAGAUGAGAAAUUUGGAUUAACUUUAAUUGGGAGCCAAGCUCUGGAGGAUUCUGCAUUGGAGAAGAUAUGGCAUAAACUGUUUCCCCAAGAAGGUAGAGCUGCAAGGACUGCUUGGCAACUCUCCCUUGGUGCUUUUGUAAGAUCCAGCUAUCAGGAGUAACUUUUCAAAGCUCAUGCUGUCUCCACAGAUACCACAACACCUUUGUUAUUCAGUCAAAACUUUAAAAAGCCAAAGCUAUUGAAUAAAACACCAGAAAUCAUGCAGUUUUUUCCAAUUGCA